CCAGUUUGAUUUUUUUUAGGUUUUUAAAAAACUCUUUGAAUGGUGACGAGGGCUACGCCGCCGGUGAUGAAGAAGGCUACUCCGGAGGUUUCUUCUAUGAAUAGAACAUUUGUCUUUUGGGACAUCAAGAGUUUUCCGGUUCCCCCUGGCUUUGAUCCACGUCGGGUCCGUCAGUGCAUUCAACGGUUGCUAAAGAAUUAUGACUACGAUGGUCCUCUCACCAUCUACGCCGUUGGCAUGAUAACAGACGUCCAUGAUGACAUCCUUCGAGCUCUCUCUUCCAGUGGAAUCAUUCUUCAUUACGCCCCCUACGGUACUUCAGACAUCAUGUCCCUUAUGUUUGAGUGCAUGUACGAUAAUCCACCCCCAGCUAAUAUUUUGGGCAUAUGCUAUCCAAGAGCCUUCGCUACACCUCAGAGUGGAUUCAACCUUUUCAGGCCGUUUCCGUAUUCUUCUCCUCAAGAAGACGCCAUCAGCUGGAUUAACUUAAUUCUGGCAGUGUCAGGGUCACUUAAGCAGGAGGAUACGUGUCUUGAAACAGAUGAAUCUGCCAGCUGGUUUUGCAUAUUAUGCUAUGAUCAUCCCACUUACGAGGAAUGGACACUUGACCAUUGGGGACAAUGAACCUAUGAGUAAAUUCGAGGACGAGGAUGGGAAACCUUCCACCAUUGUCUGGUGGCGACCAAUGGCAAGUUUUAUUAAUAUCUGUUAACUUUGAGAUUUCUCUAAAUUUCUUAGUUUUGUUUGCCUAAAUCUGACCCCGUACGUGUCAAAACCUCUUACCAGAAGUUUUCCUUUCUCACUUGCGUAGAAGCCUACCAGGGACGAGGCUGUGGCUGACACAUUUGUCUUUUGGGACAUCAAUAUGUUUCCGGUUCCCUCGAGCUUCGAUGCUCGUCGGGUCGGUCCGUGCAUCAAACGGUUUUUGGAGCUACAUGGCUACUGUGGUCAUCACACCAUCAACACUGUUGGCAUACUAACAGACGUUCCUCCUUACAUCCUUGAAGCGCUCUCUUCCACUGGAAUCAAUCUUUGUCACGCCCCCCACGGUACCUCAGACAUCAUGUUGCUCAUGUCUCAGUGGAUCUCUAAGAAUCCACCCCCAGCUAAUAUUUUGGGCAUAUGCGAUCCGAGAGGCUUCCCUCCUCCUUUGAGUGGAUACAACCUUUUCCGGCCGUUUUCCUAUUCUUCUCCUGAAGAAGACUCCUUCAUUUGGGAAAGCUCUCUUCUGGCGGCAGGAGGUGUGUGUUUGUCCCCUCCACUCUCACAGUGUUGUUGAUAUAACCUUGCAGUUCUGUUGCUGAACUUGUAGCUACUUAGCUCUCAAUAUUUAAAAACAAUACUGUAUAAUGGGGAAGAAAGAAACAGAGCCCUAUCCCUUUAUAACACCAUAAGACUGAUCUUCCUCUUUUUAACAAUUUCUUCUCUCGUUGCAUGCUGAAGCACGCUAUUCUGCAAUUAAUUAACAAAGAUAUUAUCAUAGUUUA